UGUAAGGCGCCAGCUGGUCUCCCAGCGAGGUUACAGCGGGACAGCUACUGUAGCAGUGAGGUCGGUCCCUUAUCCAGUCGGCCUGUGGAUCAGGAACCAUGGAUUGCUCGAACAAGCCGCACAGCCGAACCACGCUGUCGCACACGACCUGAACCCGCCGAAUAUCCUUGGGUAACCUCAAAAUGGCCGAAAACGAUGAUGCCUCUCUUGCAGCGAUGCCGCCUAUUCCCGAGGACGAGUUCUGCGUGUUCGGGACGGUCUACGCCUUCCCCGAGCACGCCGACGCGCUGGAGGCAGUCUAUGCCGAGACGACGCGGCUCGCCGCGCUCGACCCAGGCUCGCUGUACUAUUGCAUCUGCAGGGACUCGGACGACCCGGCCGUCUUUCACUUUUUUGAGCGCUACACAGGGCGCAAGGCCUUUGACGCGCACAAUCAGCAGCCCAUCAUCCGCAAGUUGCUGGAUGAGGACAAGUACAUGCGUAAGGUCAAGGCCACAUUUGUCAGGGCCAUCAAGGCCGCACCUUCCCCGCAGUAGCUGCGUGACGGACGAGGAUACCGUGCACGCGUGGCGUCUUAGAACAAACACUUCUUUGAUGGCGGUGUGCAAAGGGCAUGAAGGGUUGG